GGGAUAUAGCACCCGGGUUUUUUUAUCGUCUACCUUUAAAAAUGUCAGAUAAAUUUACUUUAUUUGAGGACCAACUUUGAAGGUUAAGAAAACAUUAGGGACUGUUUCUUGUAAAGUCUAAACGUGAAAUAAAUCCAUGUUCGUCUUCCCCCAAAUUGCUUUUUCAAGAUUGUAAUUACAGGUUUAGAUUGGGUGUAAUUAAGCAAACGCAAUUUGUCUUUUUCAAAUCCUGAUUUGAUUAAUUAGAUUCCAGAAAUGGAGAACACAAUGCAAGAAGCAGGACAAACAUCUGUAGGUGGGAAAUCGGAUAUUGGUCAUGUGAAGAAACUGUUGUUUAGGCGAAUGCUGGUUGGGGUAAGUGAUGGUCGGUUUUUCAUGGGUGCAUUUUACUGUAUGGAUAAACAGGGAAACAUUAUUCUUCAAGAUGCUGUGGAGUAUCGAAAUACCAGACGAGAUAAUCCUUCUCCAAUGGAACAGAGGGGUCUUGGUCUCAUAUUAAUUCCCUUCACUUGUAGAACUUCUUGUCAUGUGGAUUGCUCGAUUGAUGAACAACUCGCUCUACUGUCUCUUCAGGCUCAAUCGUAAGUUGAUUAACACUGGAUUUUGAUGUUUUAUGGCUGAACUUCUGUUAGUGAAUAGUGUUCUGUGUACCUGAUGCUCUUGUAGUCUUCUAAGAAGUUAUGUAUCUGAGAUAUUUGAAUUGAUAAUUAAUUAUAUUAUAAACAUAAAUUAUUUGAGUUUA